CGCAGCGGGAGGUGAAGGAGACAGUUCUUGUUGCGCCGCUCUGUGCGUAAAAUCUGCGCGUUUUCGCUUUUACGCACGGAGAAAAGUUGAAGCAUGCAUCGAUUGUGACGGACAUUUCCACGGAAAGCUCUCACUGAGUGAAUGAUUUUUUUUUCCUGCCACGACUGACAGACGUGUUUAAUAACAGCCUCAGUCCACUGUUGUGGUCGCAGUCAGAGAGCGCGCGACGCCGAGGUUUCUCUCAAACUUACGUCUCCGCGUAAAGACGGAACGGAGUCUUUAACCUAGUCGAGUAAUGAUUUAGGCUGAUAUCCAGAGGUUUUGCACCCCGCGCUACUUUUCAAUCUUAAUCCACAACAUGGAUCCUUUAUUCAAUUCAACCGAUGUGCCAAACUGGACCAGCAGCGUCAAUGACACUAAUAACGGGACCGAGUACGGGAACCAGUUCGUCCAGCCGGCGUGGAGGAUCGUCCUCUGGGCCGUCGCGUACAGUGGUAUAGUCAUAGUGUCAGUGGUGGGUAACGUGACAGUCAUCUGGAUUAUUAUGGCACACAAACGCAUGAGGACCGUCACCAACUAUUUCCUGCUGAAUCUGGCGUUCGCCGAAGCCUCAAUGUCCGCCUUCAACACGGUCAUCAACUUCAUCUACGCCGUGCACAACGAGUGGUACUUCGGACUGGUCUACUGCCGCUUCCACAACUUCUUCCCCAUCGCAGCGGUUUUUGCGAGCAUCUACUCACUGACAGCCAUCGCCCUGGACAGGUACAUGGCCAUCAUCCACCCCCUGCAGCAGCGCAUGUCAUCCACAGAGACCAAAGUGGUGGUGGGUGUGAUUUGGGUCCUGGCUCUGCUCCUGGCCUUCCCUCAGUACUACUACUCCACCACGGACCAGCUGCCCGGGCGCGUGGUCUGCUACAUCGCGUGGCCUGAAUACACCGUGUGCGACUUCAAGAAGAUGUACCACGUGUGUGUGGCCAUCCUGAUCUACUUCCUUCCUCUGCUGGUGAUGGGUUGUGCUUAUCUGGUGGUGGGACUGACCCUGUGGGCGAGUGAGAUCCCCGGAGACUCCUCUGAUCGCUACAAGGAGCAGCUGACCGCCAAACGCAAGGUGGUGAAGAUGAUGAUCGUGGUGGUGUGUACGUUUGCCAUCUGCUGGCUGCCCUUCCACGUUUACUUCUUGCUGCACGAGUUCUUUCCUGACAUGUCUGAAGAGAGGUUCAUCCAGCAGGUCUACCUGGCCAUCAUGUGGUUGGCCAUGAGCUCCACCAUGUACAACCCCAUCAUCUACUGCUGCCUCAACGACAGGUUUCGUGCUGGUUUUAAACAAGCCUUCCACUAUUGCCCCUGUGUCCCUCGAGGCUCUUAUGAAGGCCUGGAGCUGAAGUCCACUCGGUACCUUCAGACCCAGACCAGCGUCUACAAGGCCAGCCGGAUGGAGACCACCGUGUCUACGGUUCUACAGGUUGGAGAUGACAUGGAGCAGGCCAAGGUCAAGGCGGCAGCCGGUCCAGGGAUCUGCGGAGCAGCGGUCGGGGCCAGGCCACAUAGCUCUUCCCUGGACCUGACUUCGAAUGGGUCAUCGUCCAGGAGCGUCUCCAAGACAGUGUCCGAGACGUCCAGUUUCUACUCCAGUAACAACCUGCAGGACUAGACCUCACACACUCACACAGGUGGCCUUUUGCUGGAGAGGAGAGGGAGCGUUUGCGUUGACUGCUCACCUUGCCUGCCUGUGUUCAUGCUAAAUGUGUGAAUGUGAGUUUGUCAGCAAGUGACGACUGUGGAAUCUCUGAUGAAUGCAUUUCUAGCAUGUUCACUGGUAGGCAAGUGAGAUCACAUCCUAGUUCACUGAGCACCAUCUUCACCCCACAGCGACCUUGUGUCAACUACUCCCACAGUUAGCGAUCGAUUAGAAAUGUUUGGUCCGUGCCAAAGAAAAUAAAAAGAUGAGGAGCAUUUCACUGGCACAAGCACAUUCCAGUUCAAAAGCUAAAGUGAAGCAGGCACUGGCCUCGACCAAGUUUUCACAGCUCCUGCUUGUCACACACCAGCGUUCCUCCCAGUGCAGAGAGAAGGUUCACACAUCCUCUGUCACACAAGCUGUGUGAUUUCACACACAGUCUAUUUUGGAGAGGAGCUACACAUGGAGAACAGUGUGCUGCUUGUUUCAACAGAGUAGUUCUCUGAGGAGAGACAGAGCUUGGACACAUUGGAUGUAGAUAUGUCACCCUGAUAUGUUUGUUUUGUGUUGAAAUAACACACGUUUCUCUAGAAAGGCUCUUGUAUAUAUUAGUGUGUGUGUGUGUGCGUGCAUGCAUGGAAACUGAUUAAAUCUCCCAGAGCAAGAGUUCCUCAAUCCAAAGUGAAAAGAGCGCGCAUGUUGCUCUGACGCGAUGCUUUGCCAAAUCUCUGGCAGCAUCCAGCUCAGCUUGCAUCUGACUAAACAUUGACUCCAGCAGCAGGAAGCGUCAUCUUUGAAAGUGGUGGUUGUGCUCCAGACGCUGGGGAGGUAACGGCAGCGAACACAAGCGAACAUACGCUUACUACCUGAAGCUAAACUGCCCAGUGUGAGGCGUAAAUCCCAGAUUCAGUCUUCAAGCAGCAGCAGCAGCCGAUGGAUUGACGCCACUUUCAAAAUGUCAAAUAUUUGUGUAAUUGCCGCUCUGUGUACGUAGCUGCUCUGUCACUGCUGUCAGUAACAUGUGCUCUUCGUCUCACUGCUGCAUUAUAUUUACACCCCUGUGUUCAUCCCGUGUGUCUUAAGUGCAAACUAUGAUGUUUAUAUCACGGUUGACAACAUUUCAAUACAUAUUGACGAACUAAAGCAAGUGUUGUGGAGUUAUGAGAGCCAUAUUUUUAGACACGACUAAAAAAGGAAGACAUGGAGAGAAUCUGUUUCCAUUCCUUACUUCAUAAUUCUUUCAGUUAUUUUCGCAUGUUCUCAGCCACUAUUUUCAAACAUAUAAUAUGUGACGAGGAGAAACUCUCUGUGUUUUCUUUACACACACUUUAAGAAAACCACUAGUUUCUUUUUUUUUCUUUGUCUUGUGAGAGAGGAGUGGUUAUGGCAUUAGAGCGUCAAAUGGCCAAAAGCCUACUGCCAACUAAUGGUCGGAGGCUUUAGUACAACAACAAUACACCACUACUUGUAUCGAUAUUAUAGCUAUAUCGUGACAUGAGACGAGAUAUCCUUUUUCGAUAUCGUCACAUCGUGAUAAGGUAUCUGUGGUGACGUUUCAUGGUUUUAAAGGCUGUUGCAGUGAUAAUCAUCACAUUAAUUAUAUU